CUUCCGGCUCGUGCGGUUCCAGGGACACAGGGAAUCAUAACAGCUAUACGAUGGUCGACUGAACCGUUUUUGCAUAUUUGUUUGUGUGCUGGAAUUUUUCAGCUAAUUUAAUUUUUAAUCAAAAACCCAAGCAAGCUGUAAGAAACAAAAAAGGCAUCAUGGCUGGUUUACCACCUGGAGACCCGAAGCUAGUUUCCAUGAUUGUAAAUCAUUUGAAGAGUCAGGGACUGUUCGACCAGUUUAGAAGAGACUGCUUGGCUGAUGUGGACACUAAGCCUGCCUAUUUGAACUUAAGGCAGCGCGUUGACAAUUUUGUAUCCAAUCAUCUUUCUAAUCAUACUUGGAGUCCCCACUUGAAUAAGAACCAGUUGAGGAACAACAUCCGACAGCUUGUUCUACAAUCAGGAAUGCUUGAGGCUGGAGUUGAUCGGAUAAUAACUCAGGUUGUAGAUCCUAAAAUUCACCGGAUUUUUAGACCUCAAGUGGAAAGAGUGGUUCAUGAAUAUCUUGCCUCAGUAAACCAAAAAGAUGAGUCCCAUUUUGGUUCUGAUCAGUGUGAAGAUUUGCAACCUUACAUAACAGCAACUCCAGGUUUAUCCUCUGGACCAGUUGCCACAGUGGCUAAUGAUGCUAUGUCCAUUUUGGAUACAAUAACUUCUUUAAAUCAAGAAGCAAGUGCUGCCUGGGCAUCAACUGAAAGCUCAGUGUGCAAAACAGGUGACCGAAUGGCUAAGAGAAGCAAUUCAUUGCAGAUAAGUGAUGGGGCCUCAGAGAAAGAUAGACCUCAAGAAGAAUUAGUUGACAAAGAAAAAACAAGCCCUGAGUUUGUCAUGAGUGAUGAAACCUACUUUCAAGAAAAUGAGAACACAGGUGAAACUACUAUUGACCUGGAAGAGGUGAAUAAUACUGCUGAAGAUAUUAGUAACUUGACAGAGCCUGGAAAACAGCUGAUUGAGGUGAAUGAAGAUGAAACCAGCACACCAGAAAAGCAGGAAGAGGGAAAAAUUAAAGUAAGUGAAAAGCAGAUCCCUAAAGUAAAAGAAGACGAGGAUGUACAGCAACAAGAGGCUGAAGACUCAAAAACACAAAACGAGAAGCACCACAUCAAACAGAAAGCCAGAGAGAGGUUAAAAGAAGAAUAUUCCUUGGAAGACUCUGAUCUUGAAGGUCUAAGUGAUAUAUCUGUGAGUUCAGUUCACACCAGUGACCUGUCAUCAUUUGAAGAAGAAAGUGAAGAAGAGAUUCUCUUUUCAGAUACCACAGAGGAAGGAGAAAUCACUUCUGAAGAUGAAGGAAGUCAAACAAAUAAAACCCUGUGCACAACAAAAGAAGAGAAUCCAGAGCGCAAACCAAGAGCAGGACGACAAGCAUAUGUUCACAAGCCUUUUCUUUAUUCCAAGUAUUACAGUGAUUCUGAUGAUGAAGUGACUGUGGAACAGCGAAGACGGUCAAUUGCUAAAGACAAAGAGGAAAGGCUUUUAAAAAGGCAACAAAACCGUGAACGAUUAGAAGACAAGCGGAAACAGAAAUCAGUGGAAAAGGCAAAACUUCUGGAAAUUCAGCGUAUGGAAGAACAAGAUAUUCAGCCUCAGAGUUUUAAGGAAACUCGAAAAGAACAGAAAGUGUUGGAAAAGAAAGUUGCUAUCAAUCAAAGAAGAAAAAGAGACUCAAGAAAAGAAGAGGAGGAUGAUUUCAGUAGAAGAAGGAAGUAUGAUGCAGAUGAAGACUCUAAAGAAACUCCUAAGAAAACUGAGGAAAAUGUAACGCCAUGUAGAGAUCCAAAGCCUUUUUGUUCAAAAUCACAGCUUCUUAAGCCUUUGCGAAGGCUGUCAGAGUCCAUCCUGCCUACAGAUGAAAGCAAGCAUGAACACCGGAGAAAGAGGUCAGGAAGCAACAUUUCAUCUUCCUCGCAAGCAGAUGAGUUGGCAGUUGACUCAGUAGAAUUAAAAGACCUUAAAAAGGUAGUGGAAAGAGUCAAGGUCCAUGCAUUUGCAUUAGAUCUGGAAUCUGGUUCAGAAGACCUUUUCAGACAGCGCAAGUCUGAGAAAUAUCUAAAAAAAGAUAGUGAUGCAGAAACGGACCUUGGAAAAAAGAAAGACUUUAAAGUUUCAAAGGAAAAAAAUGAAAAGGAAAAAUUUUUGACAGAUGAUAAAGGUAAACAUAAAUUCAAGAGUGAAAAAGUAUCAAAAGUUGUGGAGGGUACUAAUGAAUAUUUUACAUUGGAAAAUAAAGAUCAAGAGAUUGUUCAGAAAGACGUCAAUCAUUUGUCUAGAUUGUCAUUAGAUGAUAAAUCUGAUUUGAAGAGCAGAGCUAAAGCAGAAAAAAAAUCAAUAUUGAUUAAAGAUGUGAAAGCUGCAACUUCUGAAGAUCAAUCUGAAGAGGUUAUACAUAGAGAAGGAACAAAAAAAGUGAAAGUUGUUUUUCCUGAGCACACUAAAACAGAAUAUAGAGCAAAAAACAGUAAGCCAUUAGUAAAAAGUGAUGGCAAGUCUCUGGUCAAUACAGAGAUUGGAUAUAACUACCAGACCAAAAGUGAAAGUGUUUUAGAAGAACAUUCCAAAAUGGACUUCGUAUCUGAAAACUGGAAAAAAAAGAACAAAAUGGAGAAAUUUAUCAAAAAGCGAUCAAAGAGUUACUCAGAUGAUAAACACUCUGAAAGAUUUAAACCUAGGCAUGAUGUGAAAGAAUCCAAAGCAAAUGAAAGAGAUUGUGCAAGUCCUGAAUAUAGAUCAAAGGGUGAUCAGUUUUCACAAGACAUUUGCAAAUCAAAAACCUAUUCAGUCUCUGAUCUAGAGCGAAAAUCCAAAAAUUGUGACCUUUUUACAGAAAGAAAAUCUGCUUCAGAAACUGAAACUGAUAUUACGGGGAAGCCAUCAUCUAGUAGUUUACAGAAAGAUAGUAGCCAAAGAUUUAAAACUGAGAAGUCUGUAUUCAAAAUAAAACAUAAACUAGAUUCCAAAUCUCCAUCAGAUUUCAAGACAGAAAAAAAGUUAUCAAUUGUAGAGUCAAAAGUUAAAGGUACUAAACCUGGCCACAAAAUUGAUACAUUCAAAGAAAGAAAGGACAUUCUAAAAGAAUAUAAAAAAGGUGGUGCAGAGAAAUCGAUUGAAUUUAAAUUGGAUAGUGAAGAAACUGGACUUGACUGUCAGUUUAACAACACAUCAGUAGAUGUGAAAUUCGGUAUGGAAGACUGUGAAAGGAAAGACCAUGAAGUGGAAUUAAUAGUUUCUGUUGAUCAGUCAGACAAGGCAAACUCGUUUAAGAGUAGUACUGAAUUUCUCACUGUAGCUCCUUUGAAGGAAACAUCAGAUACUCUUUCUCAUGAUGCUGAUCAGUCUGUGAUUGUUGACACAGACUUUAGAAGCUCUGAACUAGUUAUUCCGUCAAAACCUGACCAGCUGGACAAUGUUUCUAUCAAAACACCAGAUGGGAACUGUUCUGUGGAACCUGAAAUUGGCACAACUUAUUUGGCAAGUAAUUUAGCAGCUGUUGAGUCUGAGAGAGGUUUGACCGUUCACUCAGAAGCUAUGAUGGUUACUGAAUCUAAUCUGACACAGGAGAAGAAAACUGGAGAAGAUGGCUUUUUAUAUAUAGAUUUACAAGAAACUAAAAGUAGUGUUUCAAAUGAAACAGAUUCUAUUUUGAUUGCCAAAGAUGCUGCAGCUGAGUGUAGCAGUUUGAGCCAAAUAGAUAAAAGGGACAUUGAAUAUACUAUUAAAGAUGUUUCUUUAGAAAUGGAAUUUGAAAAGACACUUGAAGUUUCUUCACAAGUGGUAAAUGAACAAGAGGAUCAGCAAGAUACAGCUAUAAAUGUAAUGGAUUCUGAAAAUAGCUACAGAGAAAAUGAAAGCAGUUAUAUUUCUGAGAGUAUAGAUAACACAGUGAUCAAGGAAGACACUGAAGAAUUUUCUGAAUCAUCUUUUGAAGGUGCUGAUCAAAAGACUAAAGAAGCUGCAUUAACUCUGCUUUCAAUGGACACAGAAAUUCCAGCUCAGAAGUCAGUUUCUCAAGCAUAUUUUUGUGUUCCUUCUCAGCCAGUGGAUCUUGGUGGUACCCAUGAGGAAAGUACUAUAUUAGUGUCUAAUGACAGUUCAGUAAGCCAAUUUUCAGAAAAACAAAGUGAUUUUAGUUUGAAACAAGACUAUAACAAAACUUGUUUGUCACCAGGAUGUUUAACAGAACAGUUGUACAAUACUAAAUCAGUAUCAGAUGAAAACAUGUCUUUUAAAGAUCCCAAUGUGUUACUUGUUGAACAUAAAUUUAAGGACACCAAAGUGCAAGAAGAGGAAUUACGAAUAAAAGAGUUCACAAAUGAGGACAAUGCUACUGAAUGGACUAUUGACAAUGAAGAUGCAUUGGGUGAAACCGAGUUUGCAGAAGUCCCAGUUGAAAUAUUUAAACCAUCACCACAGGACCAAAAAGACACAGAGUCAAUUAAGGACACAGUAAAGGAUAAUGCUGAUGGAAAGAAGAGCUCUCACAGAUCAGGAUCACCUAAACUUACUAAAUCUCUCCUGAAAGUUGAGUGUGCAACAGAAAGCAGUAAUCUACAAAAAAAAGGUGCUUUAGGACAUCUUGAAGGAUCCCCUCUGAUGCCAUACACUGAAAAAAAUGAAAUUUCUAAAGAAGAAGAAAUACAUUUUCAGAACAGUGAAGGAGAGCAAGAAACUAAUAAACAAGCAGAAGUUAAUGUUCUAUAUUCUGAAGCUUCUGCAGAGUUUAAUGAAGCACCUCAGCCAGCAGAGACCAUUCAGAUGCAGAUAAUUAAACACACCGAUAUUCAAAGUCUGAAUAUGGAACAGAAAGAGCAAGAAGAAUCUUCUAUGCAUGAAAAAAAAAGUGAUGUACAAACCCCAGAAAAAAGGAAAAGGGGCCGUCCAAAGAAUAUUGUUACUUCUGAUUCAAAUAAAGCACUAACUGGAAAAGCCAAUGAAGCAGACACAUCAGUAGAGCAGGAUGAAGAAACUGCAAACAGUGCAGAUAACUCUUCAACAGCAGCACAAUCAUUGAUGAAAUUUUCUGAACUGAAUGUGGAAGUGGAAAAUGCAACCAAACAAACAAGCUGUCAAAACUCGGAGGCAGAGGAUAAGAAGGAAAAAAAACAAGGUCGCAGAGGCAGAACACCAAAACUCCAGUCUGCUUCAGGUUUUGAAGAAUGCAAAUACAUAAAUGAAAAAGAAUUGGAAAUGGUGUCUGCAACAGAGGCUUCUGAAUGUAUAAAGACACCCCGGAGAGGAAGACCCCCAAAGCUCAAGGCCCAGAAUGUUAUUAGCAAAUCUCCAAAGUCUGAUAAGGAAGAAAAGGAUGCUUCUGUGCAAAAAUCAGAAAGUGCAGGAUGUGUUGAGGAGAAAAAGCCUGCACGGAGGGGAAGGCCAAAAAAACACCCAACUCCAGAAAAAUUAAUACAUGAAUCUUUGAAGAAAGAAAAUGAAGUUUUCUUUAAUGAGUCAGAAAAUGAUCAUAAACCUGGAAGGAUUGAACAGGCACAAGCAGUUAGCAAAGGAAGACCACCCAAACAUUCUGGCUUUGCUAAGAACCAAAAUAAAGAUAGUCUCCCUGUGGAUGAAAAAGACAUUAAAGAGCAGAAAAAUGAUCCUGCACAAAAUGAGGAUGAAUGUGAAAAAGGAAAAGAAGCAAAACCACGCAAGGGAAGACCACCCAAACACCCACGAACAGUUUCUGAUGAAAUUAGCAAAAUUACUGUGGUAGAGAGUGAAGGACGUAAAUUAGACCAUAAGUCAGAAAGUGAAGAAGAAUUUGAAAAGCCUCGCAGAGGGCGACCACCAAAAAAUCGCAGCACACCCUUGAAAGAAACAAAUAAAUUAACAAAGGAAGAAGUGGAGUCAGUUGACAGAUUAGGAGAUGUGGAAAAUUUGGAAAAAACUGACAAAACACUCCGGAAUGGGCAACAUUCUGCAGUUCAAUUUAAAGAGGCAGGAAACCAACAAAAUAAUGAAGCUGAUCAGAAAAAAGAACACAGUACAAGUCAGGGACCGAAUGAGAAUACUAAUGCUGAGAAAGUGGAGAUUAAGAAGCCUGGGCGGAGAGGAAGACCUCCAAAAAGUCCCAUCUCAGAGGAAACAAAAGGUAAUAUGAAUAAGGAACAGAUUGUGUUACAGUUUUCUGACGCAAACACAAAUAAGGAAGAAAAUCUUGUUGCAGAAGAAAGAAGUGUUAAACAUGGAAAUAUAGCAAGCUCACCCUCAUUAUCCAGAGAGUCAAAUAAAAUAUCUGGAAAAAGAAAACGUGAAUCAGAGUCCGGAGACUCUGAAGAGGAAAAGUCACAUGUUAAGGAAGAAGGAAAAAAACGAAGAGGAAGACCACCUAAGUACCCUCGUGAAGACCGUGUUUCUAAUUUAGGGAUCCCAAUUAAAGUGUGUGACCAUAUCACAGAAGAAGCAAAAGUUAAACCAGAUGAAGAUAAAGAAAAAUCAGUUGAAAAGAAGCCAGCUCGAAGAGGAAGACCUGCCAAAGCUUCAGGAGAUAAUGCUGAAAAACAAGAGUCAUUCAAAAAAGAAAAAAAAACUGAAACCCAAGAAAGUGAAGAUAUAUGUAAGAAAGUAGAUCAUGAGCAUAAUCUUGAAGAGAAGAAUAAGGAGGAAAAACAAAAAACAUCAAUUUCUACUUCCCAGUUAGACGUUGAGAAACAAAAGCCUGGUAAAUCUGCAAAGGAUAUGAGAAAGUUGGUGAGCCCAGAGUCAACACCCACUCGGAAAAGAAAGCUUUCUGCUUCAUCUUCUGUCUCACCUGCAAGUGCACAAUCAAGAGUACAGUCUAGUCAAUCAAAUAAGCAGUGGCGGAAAAAUGAAAUCAGUCCUACUAUGCCCAGAGGAAGAGGAGCUCCAAAACUUGAAGAAACACCUGCCAAAAAAGCAAAGCGAUAAAGUUUAAAAGUAAUGAUAGUGAUUGAAUUGUUGUCCCGAUUAAAUUUUGAUUUGAGAGACGUUUUUAAAUAUAUUUGAUGUGAAUGAUAUUUAAGUUGUAAUACUUUUAUCAAUUUUACAAACCAUAUGUGAUAUUUUUAUAUACAUUUUUCUGUAAAUGUAAAUAUUGUUUAAAUUCUGAUUUAAGCUAUCAACAUGCACUUGUGUUGUUUACUGUAAUCUGCAUCAUUAUUGUUGUUAACCCUUGUACAUUUACCUAUUUCAGUGAUUUUUUUUUUAAUAUACUUACUAUAUGCUGUUGUGACUAUACACAUUUAAUGGUGCUGUUAUUAUAAACAUUUUUAAAUGUGUGAUGUUAAAUCUGUA